CCCAGCUGUGUGUCCAUGAAGAGUGACCAGUCUAAGGAGUCUCCUCUUGUGUUUAAAGAUGGACAACCUGCUGAUGGAAGGAUGCAGCAGCAGAGAGCAGACUCUCCUGAACCCAGCUGUGUGUCCAUGAAGAGUGACGCGUCUAUGGAGCCUCCUCUUGUGUUUAAAGAUGGACAACCUGCUGAUGGAAGGAUGCAGCAGCAGAGAGCAGACUCUCCUGAACCCAGCUGUGUGUCCAUGAAGAGUGAUCGGUCUAUUAUGCUUCCUAUUAAGUUCAAAGAUGGACAACCUGCUGAUGGAAGAGUUCAGCAGCAGAGCUCAGAGGUUCCCAGUGAUCAGUCUGCACAGCAGCAUCAAACACAGCUGGACUCCAUAUUUAUGGUGUGUACAUGUACAAACACGUGUCGACAUAAACUCAAGUCUAACCUGGAGAAGAAGUUCCAGUGUCUGUUUGAGGGGAUCGCUAAAGCAGGAAACCCAACCCUUCUGAAUCAGAUCUACACACCGCUCUUCAUCACAGAGGGAGGGACUGCAGAGGUCAAUGAUGAACAUGAGAUCAGACAGAUUGAAACAGCUUCCAGGAAACCAGUCAGACCAGAAACAACAAUCAGACAAGAAGACAUCUUUAAAGCGUCACCUGGAAGAGAUAAACCAAUCAGAACAGUGAUGACAAAGGGAGUGGCUGGCAUUGGGAAAACAGUCUUAACACAGAAGUUCACUCUGGACUGGGCUGAAGACAAAGCCAACCAGGACAUACACUUCACAUUUCCAUUCACUUUCAGAGAGCUGAAUGUGCUGAAAGAGAAAAAGUACAGCUUGGUGGAACUUGUUCAUCACUUCUUUACUGAAACCAAAGAAGCAGGAAUCUGCAGGUUUGAAGAGUUCCAGGUUGUGUUCAUCUUUGACGGUCUGGAUGAGUGUCGACUUCCUCUGGACUUCCACAACACUGAGAUCCUGACUGAUGUUACAGAGUCCACCUCAGUGGAUGUGCUGCUGACAAACCUCAUCAGGGGGAAACUGCUUCCCUCUGCUCGCCUCUGGAUAACCACACGACCUGCAGCAGCCAAUCAGAUCCCUCCUGAGUGUGUCGACAUGGUGACAGAGGUCAGAGGGUUCACUGACCCACAGAAGGAGGAGUACUUCAGGAAGAGAUUCAGAGAUAAGAAGAAGGCCAGCACCAUCAUCUCCCACAUCAAGACAUCACGAAGCCUCCACAUCAUGUGCCACAUCCCAGUCUUCUGCUGGAUCACUGCUACAGUUCUGGAGGAUGUGUUGAAAAGCAGUGAGAGAGGAAAGCUGCCCAAGACCCUGACUGAGAUGUACAUCCACUUCCUGGUGGUUCAGUCCAAACUGAAGAACAUCAAGUAUGAUGGAGGAGCUGAGACAGAUCCACACUGGAGUCCAGAGAGCAGGAAGAUGAUUGAGUCUCUGGGAAAACUGGCUUUUGAGCAGCUGCAGAAAGGCAACCUGAUCUUCUAUGAAUCAGACCUGACAGAGUGUGGCAUCGAUAUCAGAGCAGCCUCAGUGUGCUCAGGAGUAUUCACACAGGUCUUUAAAGAGGAGAGAGGGCUGUACCAGGACAAGGUGUUCUGCUUCGUCCAUCUGAGCCUUCAGGAGUUUCUGGCUGCUCUUCAUGUCCAUCUGACAUUCAUCAAGUCUGGAGUCAAUCUGCUGGAAGAACAACAAAAAACAUCACAGCAGUCUGAAAUGAUCAGAGGCAAAUCAACACGUUUCUACCAGAGAGCUGUGGACGAGGCCUUAAAGAGUCCAAAUGGACACCUGGACUUGUUCCUCCGCUUCCUCCUGGGUCUUUCACUGCAGACCAAUCAGACUCUCCUACGAGGUCUGAUACAGACAAGAAGUAGCACACAGACCAAUCAGAAAACAGUCCAGUACAUCAAGAAGAAGAUCAGUGAGAAUGUGUCUGCAGAGAGAAGCAUCAAUCUGUUCCACUGUCUGAAUGAACUGAAUGAUCGUUCUCUAGUGGAGGAGAUCCAACAGUCCCUGAGAUCAGGAAGUCUCUCCACCGAUAAACUGUCUCCUGCUCAGUGGUCAGCUCUGGUCUUCAUCUUACUGUCAUCAGAAAAAGAUCUGGACGUGUUUGACCUGAAGAAAUACUGUGCUUCAGAGGAGGCUCUUCUGAGGCUGCUGCCAGUGGUCAAAGCCUCCAACAAAGCUCUGUUGAGUGACUGUAACCUCUCUGAGAGAAGCUGUACAGCUCUGUCCUCAGUUCUCAGCUCCCAGUCCUCUAGUCUGAGAGAUCUGGACCUGAGUAACAACGACCUGCAGGAUUCAGGAGUGAAGCAGCUUUCUGCUGGACUGGAGAGUCCACACUGUACACUGGAAACUCUCAGUCUGUCAGGAUGUCUGAUCACAGAGGAAGGCUGUGCUUCUCUGGCCUCAGCUCUGAGCUCCAACCCCUCCCAUCUGAGAGAGCUGGACCUGAGCUACAAUCAUCCAGGAGACUCAGGAAAGAAGCUUCUGUCUGCUGGACUGGAGAAUCCACACUGGAGACUGGACACUCUCAGGAUGGACCAUGGUGGACUGCAGAGACUGAAACCUGGUCUGAGGAAGUAUGCCUGUGAACUGGAACUGGAUCCAAACACAAUGAACAGAAACCUCAAACUGUCUGAUAACAACAGGAAGGUGACACGUGUGAAGGAGGUUCAAUCAUAUCCUGAUCAUCCAGACAGAUUUGACUACUGGCCUCAGCUGCUGUGUAAAAAUUAUCUGACUGGUCGCUGUUACUGGGAGGUCAAGUGGAGAGGAAGAGUUAAUAUAUCAGUGACUUACAGAAGACUCAGCAAAAAAGGAGACAGUGUUGACUGUUUGUUUGGAUGGAAUGAUCAGUCCUGGAGUCUGGAGUGCUCUGAUAAUACUGGUUACUCUGUCUGUCACAAUAACAGAGAAACAUCCAUCUCCUCCUCCUCCUCUUCCUCCUCCUCCUCCUCCUCCUCCUCCUCCUCCUCCUCUGUCUCUAACAGAGUAGCAGUGUAUGUGGACUGUCCUGCUGGCACUCUGUCCUUCUACAGAGUCUCCUCUGACACAGUGAUCCACCUCCACACCUUCAACACCACAUUCACUGAACCUCUGUGUGCUGGGUUUGGAGUCUACUGGUCUGGUUCCUCAGCGUCUUUGUGUCCUCUGUAGGAGGGAGAGUCUCUCUGUGUCCUCUAUAGGAGGGAAAGUCUCUCUGUGUCCUCUGUAGGAGGGAGAGUCUCUCCUGUGAACAGAAACUCUGCUGAAUGAAGAUCAGCUGCUGAAAUCAAACAU